GAAAGGUUGCCUUCAUUUGAGCCUGAGUAAAAUUAAAACGGCAACCACAGUAAAAUUUUAUAAAAUACACUAGUGAUAAUUUAAUGUAUGUUUAUUGGCUCUGACCGUAUAUAUUUUUGGGUAUAUCAGUCAUACGUAUUUUGGAUGUAUCCUGGCAAAGUUUUGAUUUAGGGUUUUAAUGCGGCAUACACUCCACUCCCCCACAAAGAAAGCGUGAUAGGUGUUGUGGUUAAUGUGUGAUUAGUAGAAAAAGUGCGAGAUGUUCAGAUAAAAAGUGCUAUUAAAUAAGCUAUUUGUUUAAAAUUACCAUGUAUCUUCAUUUUGCUUCCAUUAAAAUUACUCAGCAUCGGAAAAUGUAUAGAUGUAUAAGUAAUCAUUUAUACAUGCAUAUCCCACAUAUUUGGUUGAGAUAUUUGAAAAAAAUAAAGUACAUUUCUUGCCUUAGUAAUCGAUUUCCUAUUUUUUCUGAUUGUAACCGCUAUGCUCUGUCAGUUUGAACAAACAUUUGAAAAAGUUAUAGUUUUUCCUUCAGAUUAUAACAUUUGUCAUAUGUUUUGUCCUUGUGAAACAAAGGCAGGAAAUGGUAUGCUCAUUUUUUUCAAAAAUAGUUUGAUUUUUGAUUGAAAUGAGGGUGUAAAACUCCUCUGUAACCCCACCUCCCAGAGCCCACUCCUGGCUGGAGGUUUCUUGCCCCGGCUUGUGUGAAAAUCCAACAUCCAACCAAGCUCUGGGACUGAGCAGUUCCCAUCUUAGCAGCAUGGAGCAGCUCCGUUAUUUCGCCGUAGUUUUGUGUCUUUCCUGUCCCGCAUUUAGCUCACCGGACACUUCUUCAGGGACCCGGCCUUUUCUGGAGCCUUAUGACUUUCUGUUUGACACCGCCGUAGAAGCCUACAAUAGGGGCGACUGGUUAUCGGUCAUCCUCAACAUGGAGAAGGCUCUCAGGAAUAAAGCUGCUGUACACAGGGUAAGGGCUGAGUGCCGCUUGAACUGCGCUAACCAGACCGCUUUCAGUGAGCCCCUGGCGGGCUUGGGAGUCCCUAUCCCGGGGGUAGGCUCAGUGGAUGAUCUAGGGUUCUUUCAGAAGAUUCUCAAAAGAGCAGAAUGUGUGAAGUCCUGCGAAAAUGAGAAACUUGGGCCACCGACUAUGCAUCUGGCGAGCGCAGAAACAGAGUUGGAGUUCAAGAAAAGAACGCCGUACAAUUACUUACAAGUGGCUUACUUCAAGAUCAAUAAACUGGACAAGGCAGUAGCAGCUGCAAAUACAUUUUUCCAGGCCAAUCCCCACCACAUGGAGAUGAAACAGAAUCUGGACUACUAUAGAAUGAUGGAUGGAGUCAAAGAAGAGGACUUUAAGGACUUGGAGAUUAAGCCCCAUAUGGCUGAGUUUUUGCUGGGAAAACGUUACUACAGCCAUGACUCUUUUGGGUUGGCUGCAGAUUAUUUCGAAGCAGCUCUCGAUGAGUACUUCACAGCUGAUAAAGAAUGCAGAGUGCUGUGUGAAGGUUCCUACAAUUAUGACGGGUACAACUACAUGGAAUACAGCGCAGACCUCUUCCAAACCAUGACAGAUCAUUAUAUGCAGCUGCUAAACUGCAAGCAGCGCUGCUCAGUAGAACUGGCCACUAAUGCUGGAAUGGACAAGCCCUUUGAGAAUUUCCUCCCUUCUCACUUUAACUACCUACAGUUUUCAUAUUACAACAGUGAAAACUAUGAAAAAGCCAUAGAGUGUGCAAAAACCUUUCUGCUUUUUCAACCCAAAGAUGAGGUCAUGAACCAGAACCUGGCCUACUAUUCGGUAGUGCUGGGGGAGGAAAAAGCAGAGGCCAUUUCAGCCAGACAGGUUGUAAAGCAGUACAUCCAACAGUCCAUUCUAGAGAAGCAACUGCUCUAUUUUGGUUAUGAAGCCUUUGGCAUCACAUUUGUGGAUCCAGAUUCUUGGACCCCUGAAGAUGUAAUGCCCAAAAAGCUUAGAGAUAAGCAGAAGGCUGAGAAAGAAGCUGCCGCAAGAAUUACAGAAGAAAUUGGAAACCUCAUGAAAGAAAUUGAAACUCUGGUGGAGGAAAAGAAGAAGGACUCAUCAGAUUUAGCCAAGAUUGUGGCACCCCAGGAUGCUAUUGGUGAUGUUGUGCUAUAUGAUAACAUCAAGAUUAGCAUGACGUCCAAGCAUCUUAAUGGCUCAGAGAGAGUGCUACUAGAUGGGGUUGUCACUGAUGAUGAGUGUAGAGAGCUGCAACGCCUCUCCAAUGCAGCUGCUCUGAAAGGUGAUGGCUAUAGGGGGCGCCCUUCACCACAUUCCCCCAGCGAGACCUUCCAAGGAGUUACAAUCAUGAAGGCUGUAAAGCUUGGACAAGAGGGAAAGGUCCCCCUGAAGAGUGCCCGUUUGUUUUAUGACCUCAGUGAAAAAGUGCGUAAGGCUGUGGAGACCUACUUCCAGCUGAAGACACCAUUGUACUUCUCAUAUUCUCACUUGGUUUGCCGCUCUGCUAUUGAUGAGAACCAGGAUAAUCGCAGUGAUCUGAGCCACCCUGUUCAUGUGGACAACUGUGUGCUGGUGUCUGAGCUGAAUGAGUGCAUUAAAGAGCCGCCAGCAUAUACACAUCGAGACUACAGUGCUAUCCUUUAUCUCAAUGAAGAUUUUGAAGGUGGAGACUUCAUUUUCACUGAGCUGGAUGCCAAAACUGUUACGGCUGAAGUCCGGCCCCGGUGUGGUCGUGUGGUUGGGUUUGGAUCGGGGAAGGAGAAUCCUCAUGGAGUCAGAGCUGUCACUAAAGGCCAGAGGUGUGCUGUGGCCCUGUGGUUUACUCUAGAUCCUGCUCACGAGGAAAAGGAAAGAAUACAAGCUGGUGAUAUGCUGAAGAUGUUUGCCACACCUGUGAAUAGUGAGUUCAGCCAACAGGUCCCUGCAGCAACAGAGUCUGACAGCCCCACUCCACCCCACCAGGUGGCAGCAGACGCUAAGAAAAAUGGUGAUGGAGCAGACUCAUCUAAAGAAUCAAUAGAUACACCAAAGGAACAAAAAGCACCAGCAGCAAAGAAGACCAAAGUGGACACAAAUGAUAAAUCAAAAGUAAAGAGUAAAACUGGAGACAAGAGUAAAGCAGCUGAUAAGAGCAGUAAGACUAAAGCAAAAGCCAAAGAAACAACAAAAGCACCAGCCAAACAGGCAGACAAACAGAAUUCCAAAUCUACAGCAAAACAGACUGCCAAAUCAACUAAAGGAUGGACCACAGUGGUGCCGGCUCGGGCAUGGAACCAUCCCGGAGUGGAGCAGCGUUCCAGACACACCCAUUACCUUGGCAGCACUGACUAAUCCGCUGGGCCUCUGACAUCUUCAUUAUGUGUGUGUAUGUGAGUGUGGCCGUGAGAUAAUACCACUGGUCAUUUUACGCCUUGGACACACAAGAUAACAUUAGGAAGGGGUCAAGUCACUAAAGCCAGUGAAGCUGAACUUUUAAUUGAAGCGGCCUAACUUCAAAACAGCAGCUGACCCCUGUGUCUAGACCCUGCUACCACCACUGGAGCAGCUACUCAGAUCUCACAGCCCUGAGCAUGAGGUCAGUGAGGCAUGAAGUUACACAGACAAUAAAUAUUCAAGAAAUAAUUCUUUCAUACAAAAUCACAUAUGAAAAUGUUUUAUGUAUACUAAUUUUAAACAAAUGCCUGCUUUUGUGUGAGGUCACAUGCAUUUUUACAUGGCCUGUUGUUUUUCAUUCUGUACUAGGUUCAAGUACUAGGUUCAUUCAGUUACCUCCAGAUAUUAAAGCUGCUUCGUCAUUUUGAAUAGGUACCUUCCUGUUCAUGCCGAUGUUCCACUGCAUUUUCAUUAUACAUGAAGCCAUUAUUGUAAAAGGAUGUAAAAGGAAGA